AUGUCUGCAAAGAAAUCCAGUGCAACGAAAUCGGCUGCUAAGAAGAGCAGGGCCUCUCCCACCCACCCAUCUUGGGUAGAUAUGAUCAAGGAGUGCAUUACUGCCAAUCCUGACGACGCUCGCGCUGGCGUCUCCCGUCCCCAGAUCAAGAAAUUCGUUGAGGAAAAAUACAACCUCGUCAUGGACAACGCUCAACUGAGUCAUUUGAGCAAGGCCAUCGCCACUGGCGCCGACAAGGGGACUUUUGUCCUCCCCAAGGGACCUUCUGGUCGGGUGAAAUUGCCUCCCAAGGCCUCAAGGGCCACUGACACCUCAGCCUCAAAGGAGAACAAGCCCGCGAAGGCUGCACCCAAGGCGGCUAAGACUGCCACUAAAGCACGUCCCGCCAAGACUGCCACUACGAAGGCUACAACCGCAAAAUCCAGUACGGCUAAGAAGCCAGCUGUGAAAGUGAAGACCGCGCCAACUGUCAGGGCCGCUGCCGCUAAGAAACCUGCCUCUCAAACUGCCGCCAAGUCUUCAGCAAUGAAAUCAGCAGCUUCCACCAAGGCAAAGGCAGUUCCUGCAAAAAAGACGAUGGCAGGCAAGAAACCUAUCCCCGUUAAGAAGACAACCUCAGCAUCUAAGCGUGGUACCGCGAAGAAGGCUGUGACUGGAACGAGCGCACCCACUAAAGCGAAGGUUGCAGCCGCUAAGAAGACCACCGCAAAGAAACCCGCAGCGAAAGCAACGGCCUCGACAACGAGCAAGAAGAAGGUCGCCAAGAAAUAG